AUGAGCAUCGAAAAAUUUGAAAAACUUAUUUCUAAAAAUAUUUAUAAUAAAGAUGUAUGGGAAGAACUUUUAGUUGAAGUGAAGUCAAAAGAUGAAGAUAAAGUUAGAUAUAUAUACGAAAAAUUUUUACAACAUUUUCCAACAUCACCCAAACAAUGGAUACAAUAUGCAGAAUAUGAACUCAAGAACAAGAAUUUUGAUAAAGUGGAAUCAAUAUUUACACGUUGCAUUCGUACUGUUUUAUCUGUUGAUUUAUGUAAAUUUUACUUGAAUUAUAUUUUAGAAAAAAAUACAACAGAUUCAGGGGCGAUUUCACCUGAAGCCAGAGACAUAAUUAUAAAAGCUUAUGAAUUUGUUAUACAUCUGAUUGGUUUGGAUAAGGAUUCUGGCACAAUAUGGAAUGAUUAUAUUCAAUUUAUUAAAACCGGUGAAACUCAUAAUACUUGGGCAGAACAACAGAAAAUGGAUACAUUGAGAAAAAUUUAUCAAAAAGCUAUAUGCAUACCAUUAAAUAAUGUUGAGCAAAUUUGGAAAGAAUAUGAUCAAUUUGAAAAUUCUUUAAAUAAAUUAACUGUGUGUUAG